AUGGCGUCCUUCACCAACCUGACCUACAGCGACAGCGAACUAGCCGAAAUCAACCAAUGGCUCACGACCUCGGACCGCCUAAAAGCCAGCUCUGACCAGAAAACCCUCCUCGACACUCUCAACACGCACCUCGCAUCCCGCACCACGCUCCUCGGCGCAAAGCCCUCCAAAGCAGACGUAGCCCUCUAUCAAUCCCUCGCUCCCCACGUCGCGGCCUGGACGCCCGAGCAACGCACUGGCCAGCAGGGCCACCCCAACAUCGUGCGCCAUCUGGACUUUGUGCAGAACUCCCCGCUCUUCGGGCUAUCUGUCCCGGAGGCGGAGAAAGUGAAGGUUGAUCCCGAGGAGAUCCUCUAUGUGAAGCCGCCUGUUGAUGCCAAGGCCGAGAAGGAGCGCUUGAAGAAGGAGAAAGCUGCCGCUGCCGCUGCUGGGGGCGACCCAGCUGCAGUGGCAGAUCGCACAAAGGGGAAAGGCGUAGGCGAGAAGGUAGCGGAGAAGGUCGAGGGGGCGAAGAAUGCAGUUGUUGGUGCUGUGACCGGGCAACAACCCAAGAAGGAGAAGAAAGAAAAGGCACCCAAGCCGCAAAAAGCCCCUGCUGUGGCCGCACCGCUAUCCCCCACUCUUAUUGACUUGCGCGUCGGGCACAUCUUGAAGGCUAUCAAGCACCCUGAGGCGGAUUCUCUGUUCGUUUCUACCAUUGCCAUGGGUGAUAAGCCGGGGACGGAUGACACGACUGAGUUCGAGGGCCAGGUGUGCCGGACUGUUUGCUCGGGCCUGAACGGGCUUGUUCCGCUGGAGGAGAUGCAGGGCCGGAAGGUCAUCGUAGUGUGUAAUCUGAAGCCGGUCAAGAUGCGUGGGAUCAAAUCUUCUGCUAUGGUUUUGGCGGCGUCGCCUAGACUCAAGGAGGGAGAGGAAGACCAUCACGCAGGGCCAGUUGAGUUGGUCACUCCGCCUGCUGAUGCAAAGGCUGGCGAGAGGGUGUUCUUUGAGGGAUGGAAGGGAGAGCCGGAAGGUGUGCUGAAUCCUAAGAAGAAAGUUUGGGAGACAAUCCAACCGGGCUUCACUACUACCAGUGAUUUGGAAGUUGGUUUCGAUGCUAGUGUUGUAAAGGAGCUGAGCAAGGAGGGCGAGGCUCCAAAGACUGGAGUUGGCAAGCUUGUUACCGAGAGUGGUGGAGCUUGUAAGGUCAAGAGCUUGACAGGCGGUAUUGUCAGAUAG